AUGUCGCCCGCCGCCACCGCAGAGACCAUCCCCGCGCAAGACGCCGCCCCCACGGCCGUCCAUGCUCAGCCCACCUUUGACCCCGCGCGCCCGCUCGCCGGCAAGGUCGCCCUCAUCACGGGCGCGGGCCGGGGCAUCGGCGCCGGGAUCGCGAUCGAGCUGGGCCGUCGCGGCGCCUCGAUAGUAGUCAACUACGGCAGCAGCAGCAAGGCUGCUGAGGCCGUCGUGGCGGAGCUCGCCGCGCUGGGCAGCAAGUCGAUCGCGCUGCAGGCCGACAUCAGCGACCCGGCUUCCGUGGUGUCGCUGUUCAACAAGGCCAUGGAGCACUACGGCCGGCUGGACAUUGUCGUGUCCAACGCCGGCAUGGAGGUGUGGUGCCCCGAGGUCGACGUGACUCCCGAGCUGUUCGACAAGGUCUUCAACCUCAACUGCCGCGGCCAGUUCUUCGUCGCUCAGCAGGGUCUCAAGCACGUCUCCCCCGGCGGCCGCCUCAUCCUGACCAGCUCCGUCGCGGCCAACCUUGGCGGCAUCCCCAACCACGCCCUCUACGCCGGCAGCAAGGCCGCCGUCGAAGGGUUCACCCGCGCCUUCGCCGUCGACUGUGGCCACAAGAACGUCACCGUCAACGCCAUCGCCCCCGGCGGCGUCAAGACCGACAUGUACGACGAGAACAGCUGGCACUACGCCCCUGGCGGCUUCAAGGGCAUGUCCCAGGACCUCAUCGACGCCGGCAUUGCCAAGGUCUGCCCGCUCGGCCGCGUCGGCCAGCCUGCAGACAUCGGCAAGGCCGUGUAUACGCUGUGCAGCCCCGAGGGGGAGUGGAUCAACGGUCAGGUCAUCAAGCUCAGCGGUGGUUCUGCCGUCUCCCUCCCGCUGGGUAAGACACCUCAAUUCCACCGCGUCAUGCCAGCGGACGGCGAGGAACCAGACCUCCCCCCGGUCCCUCGGAGACGAACCCAGUUCCAUCCACAGCCGUACCAAAAUAUUGUCCACGGGUCCCGACCCCCCAGAUUCAACGGCCAGAAGUAUGACGCAGUCCGCCCUCGGACAAGCAAAACUAGGAAGAUGAAAGCAACCAUCCCUUGA